CUCCUCUAUAAAUUUUCCACUUAGAGAAUCUGAAUAAGGGUAAAUUGAACACUAGUGAUUAACUCAUUCACAGAUACAACAUUCAUCUUUGUAGGUAUGCAUCAACUCAAUGAGGAUUUCUUUAGUUGUCUAUACAUACCGACACUACUCUGUACACAAUGACAUUAGUUGUCGGUACACACCGACACUGAGUAUGUAAGUUGUCUGUAUGUCAAAGAAAAUACCUUCAACAUCUGUGUUCAUGUUCUCCCUGCUAUUCUCUUCCCGUCACAGCUGUAAUCAUCUCGGUCGUCAAAUAUCGAAACUUCGUUGACGCCUUGUGUCACAGGUCUGCCACCCGUCCCACCUAAGUCUUCGUCCCUAGGGUUGUUCGGACCACCAUCUAUCUUCCUCAUUCACAGAUCCACCAUUUCCGUUCGCAACUCCAUCUUCUUCGUUCACAGCUCCCCCAUUUUCGACGUUCAGAGCUUCCACGUUUCUUCCAUUUCCGUUGUCCGUCAUCCGUCGCAGGUAAGGGGUAUCUUCCAAACCUCCAUCGUUUCCGGUCACUUCUCCAUCCACCAUCAAAUAUGCUAGAAAAUCAUCCAUGAUAUCUCGAAAGAAAAAAUAAAAAACAGAGAGAAAGGUGGGAAGAAGAGAACGAACAAAGAGGGAUGUGGGAGAGAAAGAAAUGUGCGUGAGGAAUGGGGAUGGGAGAGCUGUGUGAGAAGAGGGGUAAAGAAAACAGUAAAAAAAGAAGGUUUAUAUAUGGUGUACCCCAGGGUGUAACCUAGGGUGUACACCAAGACUUUUUGUUGUGGAUAAGCCUCUGUUUCUCCUGGACCUCAAACACCAUGAUUUCUCUCAACGUGAAUGCUCCAAUGCCGCCGUUACUCUCCUCGAAAUUCCUCCCAUCUCCACCGGCGCCCACCAUCUUCCACAAACCCACUCUCUCGCCUAGAACAAUCACCGCUCUCAUUAUCCCGCCCUCCUCUGGCCAAAAGCUGCCGGAGCAAAAACAGCUCUACCAACCUUUCCGGCCACCUCCUUCUCCAAUACCUUCCAAGUUCCGAUCUCUUGAUACAAACUCCCGCCUCGAAAUCCUCACAAACCGCCUGGGGCUAUGGUUCGAGUAUGCUCCUCUGAUUCCUUCACUGAUCCAGGAAGGCUUCACGCCUUCCACAAUCGAAGAAAUCACUGGAAUUUCCGGAAUCGAGCAGAACCUCCUCGUCGUAGCUUCGCAGGUGCGUCAGUCUCUCCUGAAUUCCAAAAUUGACGCGGAUAAGCUGUCAUUUUUCGACUCCGGCGGAGCGGAGUUGCUUUAUGAGAUUCGCAUCCUCAGCGCCGCCCAGCGAGCAGCGGCGGCGGAUUUCAUCGCGAAGAGCCAUUCAGACGCGAAGCAAUCGCGGAUCUUAGCGAGAGCGAUGAAAGAUUUCCCGCUGAGGCGCGCUGACCGCGGGUGGGCGAUGUUCAACGCGGAAUCUCCGGGGGAUUGCCUUGCUUUCAGUUACUUCAAACAGGCGAUGGAAUACGAAGCGGCUUUGCUGGAGGAGCUCAGGCGGCAAUCUCUGCAGAAGGCAAUGGAGUUUGUGGAGUCUGGUUCAGCAAGAGCUUUACUGGCUGAGGAGGGGAAAGCAGAAGGGAACGAAAGAGCUGUGAAGGAGGAGGAAGUGGAAGUGUCGUUGGUGAGAAUGCAAAUGGGGGAGGUGGCAGAAUCGACAGAGGUGAUAAUCUUACCAGUGUGCCAGGCGGAAGAGGCGGCGGAGGUUGAGGAGGCACCGUGGAAUUGCGGAGGAGUUGGGGGUUUUGGAAUAGUGGAGUCCGAGAAAGAGUGGAAGAGAUGGGUGGUUCUACCAGGAUGGAAGCCGAUAGCAGGACUAGAGAGAGGUGGAGUUGCGGUGAGAUUUAAGAAUGGGAGGAUUUUGCCAUGGAAAGAGAGCAAGGAGGAGCCAAUUCUGGUGGUGGCUGAUCGGCGGAGGAAAGAGGUGGUUGGAAACAGCAGCUUGUACUUGGUGGUUGGAGGUGAAGAUGGAAGUUCAAAUGCGGGUUUGAUGGUGGAGAGCGGAGGGAAAUUGAAGGAAAAUGGGGUUACUGAAAGUCUGGGAAUGGUAGUUUUGGUGGUAAGACCUCCGAGGGAGGAUUCGAAGGACAUAAUCAUCCAUUAGAUUUCCAAGAAUUGACAUAUUCCACCCCAGAUUGUUAAUACGGAAGUACGGAGUAGCUUUUCCCUGUAUUGUUGCUUAAAAUUUAGAGUUUUUUCCAGAAUUAAUGUUAAAUAAAUAAAUAAUUCCGAAAAUAAUUCUCAAUGAAAGCACCAAAUGAUGAAUAGUCC